UGGCCCAGCUCUAGUAACGUAAUCAGUAAAAUAAAUUUUAAUAAUAAAACAAUACAUAACAAAUAUGCGGGUGGGUCAACUGCUCCGGUUCCGAAGCACCGCCUUCCGGGGCUCCACCGCUAGGCAAGAGUACGUGCCACAUCAUAAACCCGUCGUGGAGGAUGACAUCAAACGGUUGGAAGACUUCCUGAUGUCCAAACCGAAUGUUUUGGUUCUGACAGGUGCUGGGAUCUCAACUGAAUCGGGAAUUCCCGACUACCGCUCCGAGGGCGUGGGACUCUACGCCCGUUCCAAUCACAAGCCCGUGCAGCACAUGGAGUUCGUCAAGUCGUCGGCGGUGCGCAAGCGCUACUGGGCCAGGAACUUCGUGGGCUGGCCCAAGUUCUCCGCCACUCAGCCCAAUGCCACGCAUCAUGCUCUGGCCAGAUUCGAGCGGGAGGAGCGAGUGCAGGCGGUGGUCACCCAGAAUGUGGAUCGUCUGCACUCGAAGGCCGGCAGCCGCAAUGUGGUCGAGGUCCAUGGCAGUGGCUAUGUGGUCAAGUGCUUAUCCUGCGAAUACCGCAUCGAUCGUCAUGAGUUCCAGAGCAUCCUGGCCUCCCUCAAUCCGGCCUUCAAGGACGCCCCCGACAUGAUCCGGCCCGACGGCGAUGUGGAGAUCCCCCUGGAGUAUAUAGAGAACUUCCAGAUCCCUGAGUGCACGCAGUGUGGUGGCGACUUGAAGCCCGAAAUUGUCUUCUUCGGGGACUCUGUACCGAGAUCCCGACUGGAUGAAAUCGCAGGCAUGGUCUACAAUAGCGAUGGCCUGUUGGUCCUGGGCUCCAGUCUCUUGGUCUUCUCCGGCUACCGCGUUGUCCUGCAGACAAAGGACCUCAAGCUACCGGUGGCCAUAGUCAAUAUAGGCGACACGCGUGCCGACCACCUGGCGGACAUCAAGAUAUCCGCCAAGUGCGGCGAUGUGAUACCAAAAUUGUUCGAUUUUCGCUCCUCGAAACGCGCCAGCUAGUCCUGGCUCCUCCUUGUUGUAUAUAUGUAUGUAUACUUUCAAAUAAAAUUCAGUUAUAAUUGAA